AUGCUCCGCGUCCCGCGGGCCCCGCUGCUGCGGCUGCAGCUCGCCCUGCUGGUGGCCGCGGGGGCCGGGGCGCGAGUGAGCGCCCCGCGGAGCCUGGCGUGGGGCCCGGGGCUGCAGGCCGCCGCCGUCCUGCCCGUGCGCUACUUCUUCCUGCAGGCGGUGGACUCGGACGGCCGGAACCUCACUAGCUCGCCGCCAGGUCAAGCACAAUUCAAAGUGGUGGUAAAAUCCCUUUCACCCAGAGAGUCAGUCCGAAUUUAUGUCCCUAAGCCUUUGGACAGAAAUGAUGGAACAUUUUUGGUGAGAUACAGGAUGCAUGAGACUGCCCACGAAGGCCUCAAGGUGGAGGUUCUUUAUGGUGGUGAACACGUGGCUCAGUCUCCCUAUAUUCUGAAAGGGCCCGUGUAUCACGAGUACUGUGACUGCCCAGAAGAGGAUCCUCAGGCCUGGCAGAGAAGUCUGUCUUGUCCAGCCACGGAGCCACAGAUUGAGCAAGAUUUUACUUCCUUCCCCAGCAUCAAUCUCCAGCAGAUGCUGAAGGAAGUCCCCAAAAGAUUUGGAGACGAGCGGGGUGCUGUUGUUCAUUACACAAUUAUCAAUAACCACAUCCACCGGAGAUCUUUGGGGAAAUACACGGACUUCAAAAUGUUCUCUGAUGAAAUUUUGCUGUCACUGGCAAGAAAGGUCACCCUCCCAGAUUUAGAAUUUUAUAUUAACCUUGGAGAUUGGCCCUUGGAGCAUCGGAAAGUCAAUGACACUCCUGGCCCUAUACCUAUCAUUUCCUGGUGCGGCUCCUUGGAUUCAAGAGACAUUAUCCUUCCGACAUAUGAUGUCACCCAUUCCACACUUGAAGCGAUGAGGGGUGUCACAAAUGAUCUCCUCUCUGUUCAGGGAAAUACAGGGCCUUCCUGGACCAAUAAAACAGAGAAAGCUUUCUUCCGAGGUAGAGAUAGCCGGGAGGAGAGGCUGGAGUUGGUACAGCUGUCCAAAGAAAAUCCACAGCUGCUAGAUGCAGGAAUUACAGGAUAUUUCUUUUUCCAAGAGAAAGAAAAAGAGCUUGGAAAGGCCAAGUUGAUGGGUUUCUUUGAUUUCUUUAAGUACAAGUACCAGGUGAAUGUGGAUGGAACGGUGGCUGCUUACAGGUAUCCAUAUCUCAUGCUGGGGGACAGCCUGGUUUUGAAGCAGGAUUCGCCAUAUUAUGAACAUUUCUAUGUGGCACUAAGGCCUUGGAAACACUACGUUCCCAUUAAAAGAAACCUCAGUGAUCUACUAGAGAAGGUGAAGUGGGCCAAGGAAAAUGAUGAAGAAGCAAAGAAGAUUGCCAAAGAGGGCCAGUUAACUGCGAGGGACCUUCUCCAGCCGCCCAAACUGUUCUGUUACUACUACAGGGUGCUACAGAAAUACGCUGAGCGCCAGGCCAGCAAGCCCAUGAUACGUGAUGGAAUGGAACUUGUUCCCCAGCCGGAUGAUGGCACAUCUGUUUGCCAGUGCCACAGGAAGAGGCCUGAGAGGGAAGAGCUUUAAGGAGACUUGGCUUCACACUCCUUUGUAUGCUGGCUGCAUCUUAAGACUUGUGAAAGAUGCCAAGCUGUGAAGAAACAGGAUCCUGGCCUGGUGUGUCAGGCUCACACCUCUAAUCCCAGCACUCUGGAGGUAGAAGUGAGAGAAUUUCUUUAGUGCAAAGCCUGCUUGAGAUAAGUGGUGAUUGCUUGGCCAGCCCAGACUACCCAGUUGGAUCUUAUCAAAAAGCCAAAAUAGCCGGGCAGUGGUG